AUGCGGAACCUUAUUGGGAGAGACUACACUGAAACACACUAUACUGAAGAUGGCAAACGGGUGACAACAUCACCAAAACAAGAUCACUGCUACUAUCAUGGUCACAUCGAAGGCGUGGACGACUCCUCGGUGAGCGUGGGGAUUUGUUCUGGCAUGAGUGGCUUCCUGAGAGCCCGGCAGCAGGUUUACCUGAUCGAGCCUCUGGGGCAGACGGACGAUGGCGAUCAUAACAUCCGCGUCCUGCUGGUGGGGUUGGAGAUUUGGUCGAACAAAGACCUCAUCGACGUCAGCCACAGUUCAGAAGCCACGCUGGACAAGUUCCUGGCGUGGCGUCAGGACGACCUCCUGCUGAGGGUGAAGCACGACAACGCCCAGUUUGUGACCUGGAGAGAUUUUGACGGAGACACAGUCGGACUGGCAAAUAAGUUCGCCAUGUGCACCGGAACCUCGGGAGGCGUGAAUCAGGAUCACAACGAAAACCCAAUAGGCCUCGCCUCCACUAUCGCCCAUGAGAUGGGACAUAACUUUGGCCUUUCCCACGACGCCCCAGACUGCACGUGCGGUUCCACUUCCAGCGGGACAGAUUGUGUCAUGGCAGAAAAGCUCAGGGCAGGAAAUCAAAUGUUCCCGGAGUUGUUCAGCAGCUGCAGUCUUUCUCAGCUCGCUGAAUUCCUGGAGCGAGCUCAGCCCAGCUGCCUGCAAAAGCCCACCUCCUCCAGGAUCAUCGCCGUGGGCCCCCGCUGCGGCAACGCCAUAGUGGACCCCGGAGAGGAGUGCGACUGUGGCACGGUGAAGGAAUGCACCAAUCCCUGCUGCGAUGCCUCGACUUGUCGGUUGACUGCAGGAUCCCAGUGUGCUCACGGACAGUGCUGUGAGAAGUGUCAGUUGAAGUCAUCACGGAGCGUGUGCAGGCAGUCAGCCGGGAACUGCGACCUGCCCGAGUUCUGCACCGGACUGUCGUCGGAUUGUCCCGAAGACAGCUUCGAGAUGAACGGCAAGCCCUGCUACAAAACGCUCCAGGGCAGCGGCACUGUCCAGGGAUACUGCUACAACGGCCAGUGUCCCACCCGGGAGCAUCACUGCUGGAGGCUUUUUGGACCAGGGGCCCAGGUGGCACCAGAUUUAUGUUUCAACCUGAACCAGCGUGGCGAGGAAGGCGCUAACUGCGGGAAGAACAAAUUCGGCUUCAUUCGUUGUGCUCCACAGGAUGUUAAGUGCGGAUCGAUGUUUUGUGAGGAAGGAGGCGAGUCUAUCACAGGGAAACGGGCGAGCUACAACACAAUGUACGUCAAAGAGUGCAAACUCGCCGUGGACGACGAUAAGAUGAGAAACCUGGACAUGGUGCCGAGUGGCACGAAAUGUGCGCCGGAUAAGGUUUGCCUCAAUAACAGAUGUGUGGAUGUGUCAGCCUACGGGAAGAGGGAGGACUGUGCAAAGAAGUGCAACAACAACGGGGUGUGUAAUCACAGGAACGAGUGCCACUGUAACCCCGGCUGGGCUCCUCCCAAAUGCAACGUCCAGUACGCGGAUUUACCUCAAGAUCAGGUUGGGCUGAUAGCCGGUGUGUGCGCAGCAGUCUCCAUCCUGCUGGUUGUCACUCUGCUGAUUGCUGGGCUGAUGUGCUGUAAGAAGGACGACAUGGAGCGCUACAUCGCUACAAGGAAAGUGCAUUCAGCUGGAGGGAAGCUGAACCCGUCGUUCCAAGAAGGAAGUGGUAAAGAAAGACCUCAGAUCAGUCAGCCCACCUUCAUGGAGACCACAGCGAAACAGGCCUGCACCCCUCUGAUGGGUCGAGUGACCCCCUGCAGACCCGCCCCACAGCCACCGCUGAAACCGUCGUCGUCGUCAGUCACGUCGGAAACUGAGCCGAUGAAACCUCUACCUCCAUCUAAACCUUUACCGCCUCUGAAUAAAACACAGGUGAGCGCCAAAGCUUUUCCCCAGGACUUUAUAUAA